AGAAAAUAACUUGAAAAAUGGGUUAUAUUCUUCAAGCUUUUCCUUUAUUGUAUUUAAAUUUAGGAGGGGAGUUGUUAUACAUAAUAGAACAACGACUCCAAGCUCAGGAUAUUUUAAAAGAAAAAUCCGAAAAAGUGUUGAAUGAUUUACUUUCAACGAUGUUGAACCGUCAGUUCCUAAGCGGAAUAUUCCGCCCGGAACGUCUAAAUUCAACAUCCACCUUGAAGAAUUUAAUGGAAAAUAUUGUUCACUCUUCCAUAAUGCGGCUCGCUCAAGAUAGCCUCGAUAAACUGUAUGAUUUGAUGGCCAUGUCUAUAAAAUUUCAAUUCAUGUCAGCUCCAGACGCACAGUCAUUGUUAUCUAUUACGAUAAACCAUGUGGACAGUUGGAUGCAGCUAUCCGAAGAUCCAGAAAUCCUGCUGCAAAUCCAAUAUUCCAAGGACUUACUGAUGACGCAUUACGCAAAACUUUCCCCAUGGGCGUGGAUGACGAUUCGACAUGGGUUGCUCAACUACCUGCAACCAUGCAAGACUCGUGUUACCAUAUUCCUCAACCGAGAAUUACAGAGCCAAUCCGGCUAUUUUUAUGUAGAUAACAAGUGCCCUCUUCCGGAUGGUUUCAUUCUGCCACAACUUGCUCUAGGAAAUUGCAAACCUUACGAUUUUCAGUUCAACGAGUAUGCUAGUAAUCUUGGUAUAAAUAUGUUCAACGAAUCUCAGCGCCCACACUUUCGCACAAGCGGAUUCACUUCCCUGCAAAGAAUUAUCGCUAAGCCAACUAUGGAUAAUACUCAACCGAAUAUAGCAAACUUUGGCAACGCAACAGUAGAAGGAAAGGUAGACUCGAUUCAACUGGAGCUCAAGGCAAUUUCACCACCGGAACAAGAAACUCUUCAUGUCGCCGAAGAAACGCUACUAGAUCUGUUUGAUCAAGCUAGUGUAUCUGAUAAAUAAGAAAAUUAUUCUUUCCACGCUUUUUGUUUCUUUAUAGCAAUACAUUGGUUAUUUGAUUUAUUAUAGCCAGUCGUUUGAUGGCAUGGUGAAGGGGAAGCAAGGAAAAGGGCUGGCGGGGAGGCAACGGGUGGAAUAAUUAAAUGUACAUUUAGGAGAUUUAGAUAUAAUAUGACCGAGAGGUGGAUGAGAGGUGUGUGUGCGAAUACCGUAAUCCACAAUGUUCCCGACACAUGUGCAAGAGAGUGGACGAAAGAGCGAAAAAAUU